GUAACGCCCGCCGGAGGCGUCCCAUCGAAUAAGGUCCCGGGGAAGUGUCACUGGCCCUGAGUGGGACCCGCUAGCCCGUUCUGUCCGCCCUGGCGGCCUGUCCCCGCGGCUUGCGGGCUGGGGCGGGGGAGAUGUUGCAGGAGGAGCCGGAUCUGUCCCUCGUCAUCGCCCAGAUCGUGCAGAAGCUCAAAGGCUCCAGUCUGUACGCGCAGCUGGAGCGGCAGGCCUGGACCAGUCUUCAGAGACCUGAGAUUAAACUUGAGUCGCUGAAAGAAGAUAUUAAGGAGUUCUUUAAAAUAUCAGGUUGGGAGAAGAAACUUCAGAAUGCUGUUUAUAGUGAACUGAGUGUGUCUCCUCUACCCAGUCACCCUGCGGCCCCCCCUGAGCAUCUGAAAGAACCCUUGGUGUACAUGAGGAAAGCACAGGGAAGUUGGGAAAAACGAAUUUUGAAGAGUUUGAAUAGUAUGUGCACUGAACUGAGUAUACCAUUGGCACGAAAGAGGCCGGUUGGAGAACAGAAAGAACUUCUGAAUAAAUGGAAUGAAAUGGGGACCGAUGAACCAGAUUUAAGCCUUUUUAGGCCUGUUUAUGCACCUAAGGAUUUUCUCGAGGUAUUAAUUAAUCUUCGCAACCCAAAUUAUGAAAAUGGUGAUUCUCUGAGUUUUAGGACUCAUUUGGGUUUAAUCCAAGUUCCUCUGAAAGUAAAAGACAUCCCUGAAUUGAAAGAAUGCUUUGUAGAACUCGGCUUAAGUACAGGACAGCUGGGUAUAGAUGACUCCACUCAAGUGCCUCCUGAACUCUUUGAAAAUGAGCAUGUACGUAUUGGGCAAAAAGUUCUGGCCGAACAGGACAGUGCCGCAGCCCAGCAGUACGUCCGGCAAGGCAGCCCCACGGCGCUGAGGGCCGAGCUGUGGGCCCUCAUCCUGAACGUCUCCAGCCAGCCCGAGGAUAUCUUGUAUUAUGAGCAGCUUAAGACCAACGUGAUACAGCACGACCUUUUGGUGGACAGUCUAAUUUAUAAAGACGUGAAGUUGACAGCCAGCAAUGAUGACUAUUAUUUUGUAUUUGAAGAUUAUUUAUAUCAGGUAUUACUUUGCUUUUCCCGAGAUACAACUGUGUUGGGUCACUUUGCAUACAACAGUGCUUCACCACCAAAAUCGUACAUAAGAGGAAAACUAGGGCUGGAAGAAUACGCCGUCUUUUAUCCACCUAACGGUGUAAUCCCUUUUCACGGAUUUUCAAUGUAUGUUGCACCGCUUUGUUUUCUGUACCAUGAACCUUCCAAAUUGUAUCAGAUAUUCCGUGAGAUGUAUGUGCGUUUUUUCUUCAGGCUUCAUUCUAUCUCUUCUCAUCCUUCUGGUAUUGUGUCGCUCUGUUUGUUGUUUGAAACUCUUCUUCAAACUUACCUCCCCCAACUCUUUUAUCAUCUGAGAGAAAUCGGGGCCCAACCACUUCGCAUAUCAUUUAAGUGGAUGGUCCGCGCUUUCUCUGGAUACUUAGCUACAGAUCAACUUUUGCUUUUGUGGGAUCGAAUCCUAGGAUACAACUCACUGGAAAUUCUUGCUGUCCUGGCAGCGGCUGUGUUUGCUUUCCGAGCAGUGAACCUGAUGGAGGUGACAUCACUGGCUGCAGCUGAAGCAGUUCUUGCUGACCUUUCUACUUUAAAAGUUAUGCCUCUUCUUCAGAUUUUUCUGUUUGCUACUGUUACCUGAUCUUCUUCAAGGUCGCUGACUACACGUCUAGUUUUUCAUUAGGAACUAAUCAUGAACUAUGCAAAGUCUGCAUAAAACCAAAAGUAAACUUCACAUAUAAGCCAAUAAAGAUCAUGUUCUCUUCUCAGUUAAACCUAAGUGGUAGUUUUUUCACUUUUUGAAACAUUGAGUCUGCACACCAAAUAAUUGCAUUGCAUGCUACUGAUUUUCAAGAGAGAAGCAAUAGCCCGGACUGCCAAAUUGAGCAUACUGUGUGUGUGUACACGUAUGUAUGCGUGUGCAUAUGUGUACAUACAUAUACGCACGCAUAUAAAAUGCUGACGUGUACAAGGCAUGUAAUAAUAUAUGCAAUAAGAACUAAAGAUACUGUAAUAAACUUCAAGAGGUAAUGUAGCUCCUCGAGCAGUCCUUGUCUGUCAUUCUAUAAGUGUAUCUCCAGAUAAUGUUCUAUUUUGUCUUGUAAGUCGCUCUUCACUCAGAGCCAGGGUGGGGCAGAAUGUGCGAAGAUUUGAAACUGAUAAAACUUUGAAGUAGGGAUUCAAAUAUGUACUUUGAUUUUUGGAACAAUUUUUCCUUCUCCAGAGACCUUCUAGGUCCCUCUCCAUUUUGUCUCUCCCUUAAACUUCUCUGCUGAGGAAGGUCAAGGCUAAUCGUCUUCGUCUGGCACUGUUUUAUUCCUCCCUGUCUGAAUGGCAGAAAGGGAUGGGUGACCCUCUGACUCCUCCACCUUGUCCCUCGCGUGGACCACGUGGCAUGCUGAGACCUCUCGCCAGGUGCUGUUACUUUGGAAAUGUCCACGGAAGACAUGUAAGGAAAUGAAGAAUCAAAACCACAUCCACUUCUGCUGAAGUUUGGCGAGACAAGAUUGCUUUCUGGGGUGGAGCAGCUGAGAGACUACAAGUAGGUAGUGGAGGUUAAUUCUAGAAUUGAAGGCAUGAAACAAGCCAUCGAUCUGAUUUUGGUCUUUAUUAUGAGUGAAGGAUCUUAUUUUAUAUGACUUCCUAAGACCUACCAUUUCUGUAAUAUGGAAUAAUAGUAUGGGGAAAAAGUAAAAAACCCAUUGUCUUUUGAGCUUAGAUUCCAAUUCAAGAUGCUGAUCACUUCAAUAAAACUCUAAUCAAUA